GAAGGAGCAGCCGUACUGCGCAUGUCCAAGAUGGCGGCGCUGGUGGAGCUGUGUUGUGUUGACAGUUUCCCGCCGCACCUGAGUCCUCUGGAUGUUCUCAUAUUAAAAUCUGACCUGGGCUCAGUUCUGCAGAACGACUCGGACCCACCGACCCUCCUCUUCACCCCGCAGCGGCCUCGGGGCUCCGGCAGGCCGGACAUUUUACUGCGCGUCCACCCGAGUACCGAGGAGGAGACCUGCGGAGGGGGGACCUCCCCCAGACCAGAGUCCGGCAGGCGGGUCAGGCUGUUCACCAGCCGCCUCUUCAUGCGGCACCACGGGCUCCAGCGGCUCGGCAGCACCGGGACCGUCCGGCCUCUGAAGCCGGUCAGCCUGGACCGAGUGGUGCUGGGAGCCCGCAGCAGGCAGAGCCUCCGCUGGGCCGGAACCGAGCAGUUCACCGGCGGGCUGCUGGAGCUCUGCCGCUCCGAACAGUGGCUGCUGGCCCGGCAGGGAGACCCGCUGCUGCUGCCCCGACACCUGGUGCCGGGACAGGACCCGGGCCAGGACCCGGGCCAGCAGCUGUUGGAGCUGCUGGUGUUGGACUGCAGUCCUGUGACGCAGGGACGGAUCACCACCGACACGUGUGUGGUUCUGACGGACUGCUGGGACCCCCCGGACCCCCCUGGACCCGCCCCGCCCUGCAGACCGCUCCGUCUGUGCGUGUCGGACUUCGCUCACUAUGCCGAUGGCCUCGGAGGGGGGCGGUCUCUCCUGGACAACAAGAGGCUGCUGGGCAGGAGCUUCUCCGGGGUCCUGCAGGCGCUGGAGUGCCGGCUGGAUGUGCGGGUUCUGCACUCUCAGGGACCGCUCAGGGUCAGAGGUCAGCAGGGGGGCACUGUGGACCUGGACAGCUGUGUGCUGGUGAGCAAACAGCUGCUGCUCAGGCUGGGCCUGUUCAACCAGGAGUGGGUCAAGCUGUCCUCCAGACCGGACCUGAGGGGCGGAGUCUGCAGGGAGCGGCUGGUCUCGGUCCUGGUGGUCGACCCAGCUCAGAGUCCAGACCUGCAGAACCAGCAUGAAGUGGGUUUCAUAUCCAGCACUCUGUGGUUCAACAUGACGGGAGGAGACGAGAUCCCCGAGAGGAGCUGCACACUGAGAGUGAAGAGGUGGAAACCGUCUCCUGCAGUGCCAGGCGACCAUCGCUCCGACACUUCCUGUCGCUCCGCCUCCCCGCCGUUUGCCAGCGAGCUUCACGUGGAGCCGGUGGCGUCGCCGCUGUACAACAACCUGAGCUGCUGUGACAACAUCCUGUCUGAGCACUUCAGCACGCCGAGACUGGUGUCACAGGGAGACGUUCUGACGGUUCCUGCUGAAAACCAUCCAGACCUGCUGGAGAACAACUCAGAGGGGAUACACAGGUGUCCAGUGCUGUUCUUCAGAGUGCACAAGGUGUGUCCAUCUGCAGAGGCACGAGGAGAUGAAGAAGAAGAGGGAGGAGCUUACCUGGCCGACAGACUGCACACCUCACUCUACAUGCGAGCGUCCACCAGCAGCCCCGUCCCCUCGUCCUCCGUGGGCGGGGCGUCUCUGUGGAGCAGCCCGGCUCCUCCGGGCCUGGACCAGACCGUCGAGCUCCUGAGCAGCAUCAUCCUGCCUCACCUGCACCACAGCUCUCUGAUUGGUUGCACCGUCCUCCUUCACGGCCCUGCAGGAAGUGGAAAGGUGACAGCAGUGAGCGCGGCGAGUCGCAGACUGAACCUGCACCUGCUGAAGGUGGACUGUGUGAGCGUGUGCGCCGACACUCCUGCAGCCUCCGAGGUGAAGCUGGCGGCGGCGUUCCAGCGGGCCGGCGCCGUGCAGCCGUGUGUCCUGCUGCUCAGGAACCUGCAGCUCCUCUUCAGACUGCGAGGCGGCGCCGAGGACGACAGCAGAGUCGCGGCGGCGCUCUGCCAGCUGCUCAGCAGCGCCCCCAGCAGCGUGGUUGUCGUGGCGACCGUCUGCAGGCCUCAGGAUCUGACUGCAGCCGUCGUGGCAGCAUUUGUCCACCAGGUGGCGCUGGAGAGUCCGACUGAGGAGCAGCGCCGCUCCAUGCUGGUCAGCCUGAGCCGAGACCUUCACCUGGGGAGGGACGUCCACCUGGAGAGGCUGUCCAAACUCACUGCGGGUUUUGUGUUGGGGGAUCUGAGUGCUCUGGUGGUCGAGGCUGGCAGAUCUGCCUGCAGGAGGCUGAUUCACAGCUGCGCCGGCCGGCAGGAGGAGGACCUGUGCUCCAGUGGUGUGACCAUCAUGAACCAGGACUUCAUCGCCGCCCUGGAGACGCUGCAGGACGCCCAGUCCACGGCCAUCGGAGCCCCCAAGAUCCCUGAUGUGCACUGGGACGAUGUCGGAGGGCUGCAGCAGGUGAAGAAGGAGAUCCUGGACACGGUCCAGCUUCCUCUGCAGCGUCCAGAGCUCCUGUCUCUGGGUCUGAACCGGACCGGAGUCCUGCUGUACGGACCACCAGGAACAGGAAAGACUCUGCUCGCCAAAGCUGUGGCGACCGAGUGCUCCAUGACCUUCCUCAGUGUCAAAGGUCCAGAGCUCAUCAACAUGUACGUGGGCCAGAGUGAACAGAACAUCAGAGAAGUGUUCUGCAGAGCUCGCUCGGCUGCUCCCUGUGUCGUCUUCUUUGAUGAGCUGGACUCCCUGGCGCCCAGCAGAGGGCGCAGUGGAGACUCAGGAGGUGUGAUGGACAGAGUCGUGUCUCAGCUGCUCGCCGAGCUCGACGCUCUCAGCUCGGCUGUUGGAGUUUUUGUGAUCGGAGCCACGAACCGUCCAGAUCUGCUGGACCAAUCACUGCUGAGGCCCGGCAGGUUUGAUAAACUUGUCUACGUUGGAAUCAAUGAGGACCGAGUCUCUCAGCUGCAGGUUCUCCGGGCCGUCCUCAGAAAGUUCCAGCUGGACCCGGCCGUCGACCUGCAGCAGGUGGUGGAUCGCUGCCCCGCUCACGUGACCGGCGCCGACCUGUACGCUCUCUGUUCAGACGCCAUGACGGCCGCCAUCAAGAGGAAGAUCGCUCUGAUAGAGGACGGUGUGGACUCGGAGGAUUCCCCCGUCCUCCUCUCUGCUGACGACUUCUCUGCGGCGCUGCAGAACUUCCGGCCGUCGGUCUCGGAGCCGGAGCUGCUGCGAUACAAGAACAUUCAACAGAAGCUCAGCGUCAAGUAGAAACUGAUCUGAGAGCAGCCCACAUGCUCUGCACAACACUGUACAUGGAAACACAACAUCAAUUUAUACAAAUGUAAUUAAUAAAUACUGAUAAAUUACUGAAUCAUUUCCGAUCAGCCAAUCAGGGGAGAGUUUCUUCUCACAGCAUGACUACGGAAGCCCCGAGGGGCCAGUGAGGCGUCUGUUACUGACCCGAGAGCUGCUGCAGAGAAAGUUCUGCAGGAUAAUCUUCAUAAAUAUUAAAGUAAGAACCUG